CACACAUGGGUUCUUGAGAGAGAAACAACAGUUCUGUGUGCACUGCACACAUGACAUGGGAGAGGUCCCUACCCGCCAUUAACGCCCCCACACACGCACGCGCGCCGCACACGCACUUAGACAGGCAGGCAGGCAGGCAGGCGAACAGGCAGCACGGACCUCUCUUGCAAGCUUAGGUGUCCAUCCAUCUAUUCAUCUUCGGCUAAGUGGCUAGCUACAGCCCUCUCUCCCUCCCUCCCUCCCUCUGCUCAACACUCAAACAACUCGCCGCUCAGCCAAACGUGACUGAAUGAAACACACACACGCCAAACGCCACAGACCAAGAGAUGCAAACAGUAUCAUGGUUGCGCCGUUCUUUCUGACUCACUAGAGCUCUUGCCGCCAGGUGGGGCGUGCACUCUGCAGUAUACAAGAGCCACUUACAAUUGGUUGAUGGAAUGCCCUUGUCUGUCCAUGCGUUGUGUAUGUGCACCAUACUUGACGCUGGUCUUGGGUGCCCCGUCCUUGUUCUGCCCCUGCCCCUGCUGCUGCUGCUGCUGCUGGUCGUCGGGCGCCUGCUGCUGCUGGUUCUGCGGGUUCUGCUGCUCGGGCGGUGGCGGCGCGGGCGGGGCGUCCUCCACCUUCUUGGCAGGCUGCUUCACAGAACUCUUGUCUGCACACACAAAGCCAGAUAAACACAAUGGAUGGAUGGAUGGGCCUGCAGGGCGGGCGUUUGUGUGAAAGAUCUGGCCUGCCUGCCAUGCUGCCUGUCUGUCUGUUGGCCUAGCUAGCUGCAUACCAUCCCCGCCAAUAACUAUGGACGUGUUGCCACCUGCAGGCACCACGCCAUGGCAACACGGCCAUGUGGAUGGAUGGAUGGAUGGGAUGACGGCAUACCUGGCGGCGCGUGCACCUUGGUGCUGGGCCGCUCCUUCAUGAACUGAUUGUCCUGAGCAUUCAUCGUCAACACCACCAGACAAAAGGGAGGGAAAAG